AUGCGUCCAUAUCUCUAUAUCGCCCUCCUUGGUGCAUCUCUAACCGGCGCACGCAACAUCAUAUCCCUCCCCGACCACCAGUCAAAACUCGACCAAAUACCCCCACCGCCGCAACAACUCCAUGCUCGAAGCGAGCAAUCACCCAUGGCUUCACGACCUGAGAACCUCGGACCCGCCAUCCCAGACCAGUCAACUGGCAGCGGCAGCAGCAGCAGCGAUAGCAAUCAACUAACAAUCUCCGACAUCCUCCCAACCCAGCGGCAAAUCAACAUCUUCGCUUCCUUGACGCGAGACAUCUCCUCGCUGAGUGGUCGGCUAGAAUCCAGCAACGCAGCAAGUAAUACCACGCUCCUCGCACCUCUAAACAGCGCUAUGCAGUCUCUACCGCGCAAACCCUGGGAAGACAGGCCAGACGACACAUCCGACAUCUCGGCGCAAAGAGACGAGGACAAAGCCGUGAGGAAUCUGCGGAGAUUUGUGCUCGAGCAUGCUGUUGGUGUGAGUCCUUGGGAGGAGAAGCAGAAGGUGCGGACUUUGUGGAGUGAGGAGAAUGGAGAAGACCGUGGUGAGAUUUGGUGGGAGAGACGUGGUGGUGGGGAGGAUGGUGGGGAGGAGAGGAGGGUGAUUAUGCCUUGCGAGGUUGUGGUUGAGAGGGUUGUGGGACGGGUUGGGAAUGAGGUGUACAAGAUUGGGCUGGCCGCAGGGAAUGACGAGUUGUUCUUCCUGUGA